AUGCUUCUCAACAUUCCUCAUCCCUCAAAUACCAGCGGCGGGCCUCUAUUGCUUGCGCAGAAUCACACACUCGGCCCAUCUGUCCAUCCCCUGCCAACAUUACCGAAUCCACAAAUGCUCCCGGCGAUGCCGAUUCCCAAACCCCCCACAAAUUCCACCUUUCUCCCCUCUCCUUCCCCAAGCCCUUCGAAUUCUGCCGACAUCCAUGCGGAUACCAACCAAAUCUCCACUUUAACUUUAGGGAUUACAAUAGCUGGUUUCAUCGUAGUAAUUUUGUUGUGCAUAUUCACACAGAUCAUGGUCAUUCGAAUCAGAAGACGCCAGGAGUGCGAAAAGAUUCAGUGGGAAUACCCUGCCACCAAAACUAAUUUCGGUGACCUGUCAGUCGAAUCUCGCUUGCCCCUCAACGAAGCUGGACCGCCCCAGAAGACGAGUCUCAAGAUCAAAGGUUUUCUGCGGAAAAUUUCCCACUUCAAAGUCCAUGGCGCCAGAAGCGAACAUAUCGAUCUUGCGCCCAUAAAAUAA